UAUACGCUCUCGUGAAGCGUCGUCACGAUAGUCGAAUUAUUUCGAAUUACCAACGACCCGGGAAAUACGGUCCCGGGUUGAGAAUUCGACUAACUGGACCACGGGAAUAAAUUGAUGCGUUUCUAACGCUCCAAUUAUACAUCAUGUAUUCACCAAUGCCGGUUUACGCAUAUAAUAGGGAGUCGCGGCCGCGAGCGCCUAAAGAUGAUAUAUCUUCGACCCCUGAGUUUGGGCACCCAUCGAUAGCAUCCCCUCCCAACGCGUCGGUUCCUCAUAUUCACCACGGCAUUACCGAUUUCUUCGAGCCAGCGAUUGAUGGCCCCCCGUCGCCGGAACGCAUCCGAGCGUUCAGCAAUCAGAUGAAGCGCAACUCGAACGCUGACAAGCACCGAAGCGAAUUGACGACAUCAUCAGGUUCCUCCUCACGACUUUCGGCCAAUUCAGAUAGACCGUCUUGGAAUCAGAGCGUAGAAAGCCUUGGUUUAUCGAGAAACCCAUCUCAAAGGUCCACAUCAAGCGGCGUCCCGUCGCGUGAACGACCUGACAGCGUACAAUUCUUCGGCAAGGCAAUUUUUAACCGUAGCAAGGGUAAAUUGCGCAGGGAAGGUAGCGAUCAUAAUAGCUCGAAUAGUUCACUGGACGCGGUCGACAUGCCGGUUGACGUCGCGUCGGGUACGCUCAAAGAGCAACCCUUCAUACAAUCCGUAUUCGCGCGAAGGAGGGCAUUGAGAGGAGAAGCUGUACCGACCACACAGAAGAAGUUGCAAAUUUCGGGACCUUACAACUUCCAACACGUUACACAUACACACAAGGAUAGCGUACCUGACUUAGACCGGAGAAAUCGCAUGGAUCUUGUGUCUGAGUUCUCCAGCAUGCGACCACGAAGACCCACCGACGCGUCGUUAAACCGUUUCCAACCCGACGAAUCACAAUUCUCAAAUUUAUCUUCCGAGAGUUUUUACCACCAGGAAGACCCAUCGGCGGGAUUGGGGGCGCAAUCGCGGGAUAAAGCAUUACCACCACCGCCGCCGCCUCCAUCACCCCCAGUGCGGUCAGCGAAGCGAAGUCAAUCACAAGACAAAAUCCGCUUCGCACCCCCGCGUCCUCCCAGGUCCCCUGUUGACAAUAGUGGCAUGGCACAUAUACCGCCAAGGACAUCUAGUCGUGUCUCGGUGCGACACGAUAGGUUUGGCUCUUUGUCUGGCCUGGCUGUAGAACGACCUGCAACAGUUACUGGCUUCCGAAAGCCAUUGCCGUUCGCACCCACUUCACCACAGAGACAGCCACCUGCGCCGGUUUCACCUGUAGUAGAAUCAGAGCAAGAAGAAGCCGCGGCAACGCAAUCGAUUGCUCAUGCUAUCACUACACCAGACGAUGCCGCGUGGCCCCUGUCUAACAAUGUAACCCCCUUGCCUGAUGUUCCGGAGGAGGAAGAACACCACGCAUUAACUCGCCCGCAUCGCAUGAGCGUUGCCAGCAACCACUCUUCUCUAAGAGGUAGUAUAUCGGUCCCAUUGCUUCGGCAGUUUUCCAUGUCCCAAUCGCAUCAAAGACCGCCUAGCAAUGCCUCGGAGACUUUGGGCAAAUUUGACUUAAUCAGUGCCCAGCGCGCAAUCCGCGCGGGCGCUCACGAUGACCAAUUUGCUGAUGACGCCGACCCAUUGAGUUGGGAGGAUGAUAUUGACUACUGCUAUGAGCAUGAAGCCGAAGCUGAUUGCGACUUUGCCUGGGAACGACCGUCAGUUGAUAUUGUGCGGCCAAUGGAGCCUAAGGGGAGCCAAGCCAUGGGCGACCAGACCGAGACCAUUCUAACUUUUGGCGGUCUUUCACCCGGCCUACUAUCCCCUGGUAGCUCGGAUAUGCCCGUACUAAGCCCAGCGAGCCAGCUAUCUACUUCCACACAACACGAAGCUAUAACUCCUACAAACUUGCCCGUCACUGCAACAUCCAACUUUUCUCUCCCACGACGGGAUGGGUCGCACCCCCGGAACCAGUCCCCCGAGAGCAAGUUCAAGGAAGCUCAAGGUUUCAGCUUGUCGCCAUCUCUCUUAAUACCGAAUGAUUACCACCAGCAAAUGCUUCAAUACGAGAGGGACGACAUGCAAGACAGCGACGACGAGGAUUUCCUCAUUCAAGGAAACACGCUCAAUGAUGAACCUAUUAUGAAGUUUGGCAAAACCAUCAAGCCGUCGAAUGCGCGCUCAAGUGCCUCGACUACUGAUUCCGCGCUGUCGGAACAGUCCAUGACUUCCAGUCGUCAUAAGUCCACUACAUCAACUUCUACAGCAUACACACGCUGGACUGGCAGCAGCACCUCUAGCUGGACAGCUCGCGACUCGCACCCUGUCCCGCAGAAGCCUGCUGUUGACACUGUGCCUUCCGCCAUUGUUCAGCCUUCUGGCAAGGUGAUCACGCCUCCCAACUUCAAUGAACCUAUGGUCUUAAAACAAGACCUCAACCGUGAGAAGCAUUCGCGAACGCAAUCGCACGCUGAUCUCUUAAUGAGGUCCAACUUCGGAGGCGCCCCUCCUGCUGAGCCUAAACCGACAAGCCAGACAGUUAGGACUCGACGACGGGCUAGAACAACUAGCCGAAGCCACGCUUCUCCUCAAUUUGCCCUCUUCCCAACUGUCACUCCUACUCCUGGUGGUCGCUUUUAAAUAACCAUCAACAUCUAUACUACCCCUUGUUAUUAUAUACUACUCACUGUACUUAAACCCGCAUUUAUCUGCCUACCUACACUCACUACAAUAGCCUCCAAUUAUCUUCCCUAUCUACAAAUCAUCUACUAUGUUCUCGAACAAAAAGUUUCUCGGCUUCGGAUAUAGACAUACAACGGCCUAUGAGCCGUGGCGUUAAGGGCACACCCAUCACUUGUGCUUUUCAUCAAUUCGCGUCUUUGUGUUUGGUAUAGACAUCAUCAUCGGCUUGGCUUCCACGGAUCGGAUUUUACGGACUGGGGGGGUAUU